GAUAGGUUUCCUAAACAAAAAAUUUUUUUAAAAAAUGGAGGAAUCAGUAAACCAAAUACAGCCCCUGAAUGAGAAGCAGAUAGUCAAUUCUGAAGAUGGAUAUGUAUGGCAAGUCACUGACAUGAAUCGACUACAACGAUUCUUAUGUUUUGGUUCUGAAGGUGGAACUUACUAUAUCAAAGAACAGAAGUUGGGCCUUGAAAAUGCUGAAGCUCUAAUUAGACUGAUUGAAGAUGGCAGAGGUUGUGAAGUGAUACAGGAAAUAAAGUUGUUUAGUAGAGAAGGCAGAACCGCAAAGCCAGAACCUAUGCUCUUUGCACUUGCCAUUUGUUCCCAGUGUUCUGACAUAAGCACAAAACAAGCAGCCUUUAAAGCUGUUUCUGAAGUUUGUCGUAUUCCUACACAUCUCUUUACUUUUAUCCAGUUUAAGAAAGAUCUGAAGGAAAGCAUGAAAUGUGGUAUGUGGGGUCGUGCCCUACGUAAGGCUGUAGCAGACUGGUACAAUGAAAAGGGUGGCAUGGCCCUUGCUCUGGCAGUUACAAAAUAUAAACAAAGAAAUGGCUGGUCUCACAAAGAUCUACUAAGAUUGUCGCACCUUAAACCGUCCAGUGAAGGGCUUGCUAUUGUGACCAAAUAUAUUACAAAAGGCUGGAAAGAGGUCCAUGAUUUGUAUAAGGAAAAGGCACUUUCUCUGGAGACUGAAAAAUUAUUAAAGUAUCUGGAAGCUGUAGAGAAAGUAAAGCGAACAAAAGAUGAACUGGAAGUCAUUCAUCUAAUAGAAGAGCAUAGAUUAGUUAGAGAGCAUCUUCUAACAAAUCACUUAAAGUCUAAAGAGAUAUGGAAGGCUUUGUUGCAAGAAAUGCCUCUUACCGCAUUACUAAGAAAUCUAGGAAAGAUGACUGCUAAUUCAGUACUUGAACCAGGACAAUCAGAAGUAUCUUUAGUAUGUGAAAAGCUAUGUAAUGAGAAACUACUAAAAAAGGCUCAUAUACAUCCAUUUCAUGUUUUACUUGCACUAGAAACUUAUAAAACAGGGCAUGGACUCAGAGGAAAACUGAAGUGGCACCCUGAUAAUGAAAUAUUAAAAGCAUUAGAUGACGCUUUUUACAAAACAUUUAAGACAGUUGAACCAACUGGAAAGCGUUUCUUGCUGGCUGUUGAUGUCAAUGAUUCUAUGAACCAAAGAGUUUUGGGUAGUGUACUCAAUGCUAGUGCAGUGGCCGCUGCAAUGUGCAUGGUUGUCACACGGACAGAAAAAGAUUCUUAUGUAGUUGCUUUUUCAGAUGAAAUGGUGCCAUGUCUCAUUACUGCAGAUAUGACCUUACAAGAAGUCUUAAUGACUAUGAAUCAGAUCCCAGCAGGUGGUACUGAUUGUUCUCUUCCAAUGAUCUGGGCUCAGAAAACAAAUACAGCUGCUGAUGUCUUCAUUGUAUUCACUGAUAAUGAGACUUUUGCUGGAAGUGUCCAUCCUGCUGUUGCUCUGAGGGAGUAUCGGAAGAAAAUGGGUAUUCCAGCAAAAUUGAUUGUUUGUGGAAUGACAUCAAAUGGUUUUACCAUUGCAGACCCAGAUGAUCGAGGCAUGUUGGAUAUGUGUGGUUUUGAUACUGGAGCUCUGGAUGUAAUUAGAAAUUUCACAUUGGAUGUGAUUUAA